UUGAAGGGGGCGGGGCUCCAUCACAGCCAAGAUGGCCGUCUAAGUAAUGACGCCAGAACUUUACGUAGGAUUCUGGUUCCGGAGUUCCACGUCCUCUGCUGCCAGCCAGGGGGUUUGCGGUUCGGAUCUCAUAGAAUAAUCCCGGUUCUUGGCUCCGGGUUCGGAUCCGAGCUCACAGGGCCCGCGGGUCCUCGGGCGGCUCCUGCACCCCGUUGGCUAGCUCUGGUUCCGCCAGCUCCUCUGGACCGGACAUUCCCGGAAAGCCAUCUACAUUUGGAUGCAUGAGUUCUACCGUCUCAUGCUGAGCAGAACCUUCCAGAAGGGUUCGAGGAGCCGGUUCGUACUUGAUGCUCAGAGAGCCGCAGUUCCGGGUCGGCGCUAGCUGUGCUAGGAAACUAGCCGUGGAUUCGGGGGACACCGAGCUGACCGACCCAACUGGAGCUACGCGAUGUUCGGGCAUGUUCUGAGUUCGGUUCGGUCACUUUUGCCCUUUUUCUGUCUUCACCCCUGAAGUGUCCAUUUUGUCCUGGUGGGCUGUCUAAGGGGGUGGGGGUGGGGGGGUAGGACCACCAGCACUGGCCUUCCUGCCCCAGUGGCCUCCUGGGACAUGGACAACAACACAUAAGGACAUCUCUGCAGCUCCAACAACAGAGAAGGGGCUCUGCGUCCGGCCACUGAAUUUGGCUGUUGUUGGACCUGUUGUUGGACCUGACGGAACCAGAACUGAAGUGGGUAAUGGGUGCUGCCUGCCAUGGUGACCUGAUGUAAAUGGCUGUCCAUUGGCACAGCUCAAAGCCCAUAUUUGCUGCUUGUUCCUCAUCCCCAGCUCUUUUCCUCCAUCAAAGUUUGACCUCAACCCUACUUUCCUGCUUUUUGAAUUUCUGCUGCUCUCUGAACUGUCCUGCCCUCCCCCUCCACCCCCUGUUCCAUCAUGGUUGGUGCUGGACUAGCUGUUUGCAAGCUAACGCGAGGCGUUCGUCAUCUGGAGCUGCACCGCCUCAUCCUGGCUCUUAUUAUCUUCUGCUUGCUGUCCAUGGCCUUUCUUGCCUACUACGUCUCCAACAAUCCUAAAAUCAAAGAGCCCCCUCCCCUGCCCUUCAGUGAUUGUGGUGAAGGGGGUGGGAUGUCACCCAGAGGGAGCACUGGGUCUGUUAGAGGAGGUGCAAGUGGCCAGAAUGUGCCCCUGUACCCUUCUAUUUACCCCGUACCACGUCGACCGAAGGACGUGGACGGUUUAAGGACUGAGCCGGUCGUCCUCGUGUUCGUAGAGAGCAUCUACUCCCAGCUAGGCCAGGAGAUUGUAGCCACAUUAGAAUCAAGUCGUUUCCGGUAUCGCACAGAGAUUGCCCCAGGUAAGGGUGACAUGCCCUCUCUGACAGCACAGCACCGCGGGCGCUAUGUGCUGAUCAUCUAUGAAAAUGUCUUGAAGUAUGUCAACCUUGACGUUUGGAACAGGGACUUGCUGGACAAGUACUGCACUGAGUAUGGCAUAGGUAUCAUUGGCUUCUAUAAAGCCAAUGAAAAUUCUCUUCUCAGCGCACAGCUCAAAGGGUUUCCCCUCUUCCUGCACUCGCACUUGGGACUGAGGGACUACCGCAUUAAUCCAAGUGCUCCUCUGCUCUACAUAACCAAGCCCAACCAGGUGGAGCAGGGCCCUCUGCCUGGAGAUGACUGGACAGUGUUCCAAUCCAACCACUCCACAUACGAGCCUGUGCUUCUGGCCACUUCCAAGUCCUCUGAGGCUCUGGUACAUUUUGGAUCGAGCCCUCUGCAGACCCUCCAUGCCACGGUAGUCCAAGACUUGGGCUUUCUGGAUGGCAUUCAGAGAGUUCUGUUUGGAAAUAAUCUCAACUACUGGCUUCAUAAGCUAAUCUUUGUGGACGCCAUCGCCUACCUGACAGGGAGGAGACUGUGCCUGUCUCUAGACCGUCACAUCCUGGUGGAUGUGGAUGACAUCUUUGUUGGGAAGGAGGGAACGCGCAUGAAGGUGUCUGAUGUGGAGGCGCUGUUAAACACUCAGAACAAACUUAGAGCCCUGGUUCCUAAUUUCACCUUCAACUUGGGGUUUUCUGGAAAGUUCUAUCACACAGGCACAGACGAGGAGGAUCGAGGCGAUGACAUGCUGCUGCAGCAUCGCAUGGACUUCUGGUGGUUUCCUCACAUGUGGAGCCACAUGCAGCCCCACCUCUUUCACAAUGUCAGCGUGCUGGCCGAGCAGAUGAGGCUCAACAAACUCUUUGCUCAGGAGCACGGCAUCCCCACAGACAUGGGGUAUGCCGUUUCCCCUCACCACUCGGGGGUCUAUCCCGUCCACAGUCAGCUGUACGAGGCCUGGAAGUCUGUGUGGGGGAUCAGGGUGACCAGCACAGAGGAGUAUCCCCAUCUGAGGCCGGCCCGUUACCGCCGAGGCUUCAUCCACAACGGGAUCCAGGUGCUGCCGAGGCAGACAUGUGGUCUGUUCACCCACACCAUCUUCUACAAUGAAUACCCUGGAGGCUCCAAGGAGCUGGACAAGAGCAUCAGAGGAGGAGAGCUCUUCCUCACCGUUCUGUUAAACCCCAUCAGCAUCUUCAUGACUCACCUGUCCAACUACGGGAACGACCGGCUAGGACUUUACACCUUUGAGUCUUUGGUCAAGUUUGUCCAGUGUUGGACCAACCUCAGACUGCAGACACUACCCCCUGUCCAACUCGCUGAAAAAUACUUCCAGACCUUUCCAGAAGAGAGAGAGCCUCUCUGGCAGAACCCUUGUCAUGACAAGAGACACAAAGAUAUUUGGUCUAAAGAGAAGACAUGUGACCGCCUUCCCAAGUUCCUCAUUGUUGGCCCACAGAAAACAGGCACAGCUGCUCUGCACUCCUUCCUGAGCCUCCACCCAGCAAUCACCAGCUCCUUCCUCAGCCCCACCACCUUUGAGGAGAUCCAGUUCUUCAGCGGACCCAACUACAACAAUGGAAUUGACUGGUACAUGGACUUCUUUCCAUUCCCCUCCAACGUCAGCACAGACUUCAUGUUUGAGAAAAGUGCCAACUAUUUUGACUCGGAAGCAGCUCCCAGAAGAGCGGCUGCCCUGCUGCCACGAGCCAAAAUCCUGUCGGUGCUCAUCAACCCGUCAGACCGAGCAUACUCCUGGUAUCAGCACCAGAAAGCCCACCAGGACCCUGCCGCCCUCAACAACUCCUUCCACGCGGUGGUGGCUGCAGGUGCAUCUGCCCCGCGGCCUGUCCAGAACCUGCAGAGACGCUGCCUCGAUCCGGGGGCUUAUGCUUCCCACCUUGAGCGCUGGCUGCAGCACUACCAGCCCAGCCAGGUGCAUGUGGUGGACGGUGCCCUGCUGCGCUCCAACCCUGCACUUGUGAUGGACGGGAUCCAGAGAUUUCUUGGUGUCACCCCUAUCUUGAACUACACCCAGGCUCUGAUAUACGAUGAAAGCAAAGGCUUCUGGUGUCAGCGAGUGGAAGGAGGUCGGGCCAAAUGUCUUGGGAAAAGCAAAGGCAGGAAGUACCCGUACAUGAGUUCAGAGUCUCGUGCCUUUCUGACUGAGUAUUAUCGGAACCACAACAGUGAGCUCCUGCGCCUGCUGAACCGGCUCGGUCGGCCCCUGCCGUCCUGGCUUCGUCAGGAAAUGCAGAGCAGCAGCUGGAGCUGAAGCCCUCGGAACCGGAGCUCAGACGCCUGCUGGCCCUGGAUCAGUAUCAACUCUUAGAACUCAAAGCAACAGCAGAAUGCACCAGAAUCGGUGCCGUGUUUUCAUUUGCCUACCAAGUGCUGUUCCUGUCGGAGGACACGAGGACCGUACAGCACCACCUCUGGAUUCCUGCAGGGUCCAGAUGGGCCCCACCUAGAUCAGCUCCAAGCCACUUCUCAUCCCGGCGGCAGAGAAAGAUGAGGCUGCUGGACUUCAUCAUCGUGUUGGUCAGUUUGAACGGCAGAGGGCGGAGCUUCCCGCCUGCACAGACUGGGCGGAGCUUCCCGCCUGCACAGACUCUUUUUCACACUUCAUGUUUGGAACCAAGAGACAGAUUGAGGUCGAGCUCGCCCUUCAGAUGGACUCUAAGGCCAAUGGUGUCUGUGUGGUGCUGUUUGUGCUCUUCAAAGUUCAUCUGGGUCACAAAGAUUCAAGUAUGGUUCCCUUCAGUCUGUUGAUGGAUGUCUGACGGUCCUUCAUCAUGCUGCACUGAGGAAUGACGGCUGGAGGGUCAUGGUGAAUGUCUUCAGCUGUUUGUCUUUUGGAGUGGUGAUAUUUUCUGGGUAAAACAUGUCAUUUUGGCUAAGAUGAGAUGGAAAGGGACGACCUAAAGUGAAUCCUCCUCUUGCUGACCUGGAGUAUCACUUUUACAACUGCUGGAGAUAAAAAACAAACAAACAACUGUUUAAUAGCUGAAUGUUUUGUUCUCAAAAAUAUAAAAAUAUAGCCAUAAAAAUUAUUUUUUCCUCAAAAACUGAGAAAUAAAUUCCUCAUGCAGUUUUUCUUGCAGCUACUU